AUGGCUUCCGAAGGCGAACACGCAGAAAGUGGCUCUGCCAAAAAUAUUAAAGAGAGCGAAAUUAAAUGUUCUUACUGUAAGGGAAAAGUGGUGGAGUCUGUUAAGUGUGCUAGGUGCUAUGGAAUUUUUCAUCCCGGGUGCAUGGAGCGGUCUGCAAGCGUGAAAUCGGCCGUUUGUAAACACGAACGUUCGAGUUCAGAUAAGAGAGACGACGAUAUCAAAGAACUUCAAACAACGAAUAAUAUUCUGAAUAUUGAGAUAUCUUAUUUGAGAGCACUAUUAAAGGAGGUCCUAGAGAAGAAUAAGAUUUUGAUCGAAAAUAACAAUUUAUUGAUGGAAAAGUUGGCGACAACUCAAGUUGAAAAAGCAGCUGAAAAAAAAGGUAACAAUGUACAAUCGAAUUCAUCUUCGAAAAAGAGUGUAAACAGAGCGAAACAGAUAACCGAAACAGAGAACAACAUAACAUCUAACCUAAAAAUUCCCAACACAGAAACGUCAUAUCGUAAUCGUACAUCUAGCCUACUGGUUCCACCACCAUCCGUCAAGUCAGUUUCUCCACUGAGUAGGCCUGGAUCACUGACUGACAGUGACAUUUAUGAUGCGCAAAUGCAAAACAUCAAUGUCAAAACUGUUUCAAAACAUAACAACGACUAUGAAGGGGAAUGGAAAACAGUUACCGGAAAAUCGAAAAGAUUGGAUCGGGUAAUAUGUACUGGCUCAAAGAAAUUGGAGACAUCAGUUAUAUCGGGAGCAUCAAAGAAAAAAUGGAUCUAUGUUGGAAAAAUUGCUGGCACAAGUGUUUCAGAAUCGAUGAUAGAGGAAUACGUGAAGGAAUGCACUGAAUUUAGGAAUGAAAAAAUUGAGAAAGCCAACAUCCUCAAUGUAAUAACAAAGUGAAUAUCAUUCAUCAGAAUGUCCAGUCAAUAGGAAAUGCAAUGAAUAAACUGGAGUUAUUUAGUAAUUUGGAAGAAGCUAACAUAAUUAC